UUGGUUUAUUUCGUUUAAAUAUUUUAGAUAUGAAUUGGGAAAACCAAGUUUCGGUUUGAAAAAGUGCUUAAAUUAUUUCAUUUGUAAUCUACACUAGAUAACCGUUACAAACUAGAUUACCGGAAUAUAGCCAACAGUACUUGAACAGUUAAUCAGGCAUCCAGAUAAAUACCUGAUCCUUCAGUACCUGUGAGAUCUUAACCACAAAUUUAAUAGCGCCCACAGAGUGGACAACGUAACCAAUGUUGAAAAACGAGACUAAAUGGGAAAGUGGAGGCUUAAAGGAAGGUACAAGUGUAGACGGUGAAGAUAAAGAAACAAAGAUAUUAGGACUAAAAUACAAAUACGCUAAAGGGCAAUGGAGUCCCUUGCAUCCCGAGGGAAAGAAGCACUAUGACAGAGAAUUUUUGUUACAGUUCCAAAAUGAUUAUAAUGCCAUUCAAAAGCCGUCAGGACUUCCCGACAUUCCAGAAAUUAGUCUCGACAACUACAAGCCCCUGGGAAAGAGUGGAACCAUUCCUGUAGGAAUACCUGGCAUUCACUGGGUUAUGGAUUUCACACCAAAAUAUGUGUGGGGUAAAGGAGACCAAAAGCAAACUGUUGAUAUGAGUGCUAUUCAGCUAGGCCCUGGUAGUAGUGCUGGCAUAUUCUCAGGUUGGGGACGGGAUAGCACUGAUAGAAUUGCAGGCAAACCCGCGCAACAGACGGACCACCCAGCCAACGCUGCAAAGACAGCAGUAAGUGAAAGUCAGUCUGUCGACUGUUGUCUCGUACAAAAAAGUCGCGGGUAUUUUAAACCGGAGCCUCAGCUAUCACCAAUUCAAACAGAGUUUACAAUGCUAAAGGUCCUGUCUGAAGAGGAUGUGGAAAAGAAAACCGAGGCUAUCCUUCAUGAAUACUUUGCCACACAAGACAUAAGGGAUGUUAUUCUGUGUGUUCAGGAGUUAACUUCCCAGAACCAUCAUCAUUUUGUAUGCAAUGCCAUCAAUCAUGUCCUAGAGAGAUCUUCACAAGCAAGAAUACAGACUGGCCAUAUACUGCACGAUCUAGUCAAACUAUCUGUUAUAUCUCUUGAUAGUUAUAUAAAAGGAUUGUCGGAAACGUUAAAAUAUGCAGAAGAUUUGGAGAUUGACAUUCCUAUGAUCUGGCAGUAUUACGGAGAACUAAUAAGCCCUAUGAUACAAAGUGAUAGUGCUAUUCUAAGUUUCCUAAAAUACAUAGCAGCUCCGCUCAUAGCAAAUAACAAAGCCGGAAUUCUUCUCGCAGAAAUUCUUGAUGAAAGAGAGCAAAGCGUAGAUGCGAGUUCUAUUCAGAAAGGAAGUGGUUCUGGCAGAUUCUCAAGUUGGGGAUGGGGUAGUACUAGGGGAAACACUGGCAAAGCCGUGGAAGAGAAGGAAAAUCCAAACACUCGAGUUAACAGUAGACCAGAUGAACACCGAACACGUAGAUUCGGUGGUGUUAAUUCUGCUUGUGGUGGAGGUAGAGUACAUGACUUUGGAAUGCCAACAUCAUUGGGUACAAGAAGAUUUCAAGCCUUGGAACCGAAAAGAGCAAUUGGUGUAAGUCAGUCUGCCGAGGGUGGUCAUACAAAGGGAAGUAGUGAGCGUGCUGAACGAGAGUCUGAACCAGCGCCUGCAGAGUUCACAAUUCUGUCUGAAAAAGAUAUGGAGAAGAAAACCAAAAGCAUUCUUGAUGAAUACUUUGCUAUUCCAGAUAGGAAGGUAGUGAUUCUUUGUGUUCAGGAGUUAUCUACCAAGAACCAUCAUCAUUUUGUAUACAAUGCCAUCAAUCUCGUCCUCGAAAGAUCUUCACAAGCAAGAAAACAGACUGGCCAUAUACUUCACGAUUUAGUCAAACAAUCAGUUAUAUCUGUUGAUAAUUAUAUAAGAGGGUUGGUUGAAGUGUUGGAGUUUGCAGAAGAUAUGGAGAAAGACAGUCCUGAGGUCAGGCAGUAUUUCCCAGAAUUGAUUAGCCCAAUGAUUCAAGACAACAGUAUUCCUCUAAGUUUCUUUAAACAAGCCAUCUCCCCGCUCAUCGCAAACAACAAAGCUGGAGUUCUUCUCGCAGAAAACCUUUUUAAUGCUGGUUACAGAGAGGAACUGUACAAAAAGACACGAAGUUUAUUGAACAAACUGACUCCACAGAAGUUCCAAUCACUUGUUCCCCAAAUGCAAACAUUACCUAUCGACUCGGAAAAUCAAUUGAAGGGAGUCAUUGAUUUAGUCUUUGAAAAGGCAGUCAGUGCACCCAGUUUUAGUGUAGCAUAUGCGAAUAUGUGUUAUUGUUUGAUGAUGUUCAAAGUUCAGUCGGAAUCUAAACCAGAAGAAAUGGUGAGUUUUCGAGCUGUGUUAGUGGCGCGAUGUCAGAUGGAAUUCAUGAAAGAUACAGCGUCACAAGCUAUGUUUCAAACUAAACGAGAAAAAAUCCAGAUGACUGAGGAUGAUGCAAAGAAAGAAGAGUUAAGAAAAGAAUUACAGCAUGAGGAAACUACAGCUAAGCAAAGAUCAUUAGCAUAUAUGAGGUUUAUAGGAGAUUUAUUCAAAUUGAAAAUGUUGACAGAAAAUAGUAUGCAUGAUUGUGUGUUUAAAUUAUUACGCACCAAAGACCCUGAGAACCUCGAGUGUUUAUGUCGACUACUCACAUCUAUAGGAAAAGAAUUAGACGUAGAUAAAGCAAAGCCAAGAAUGGAUCAGUAUUUUCAACAAAUGGGCAAAAUUGUCAAUGAGAAGAAGACUCCACCAAGAGUGCGAUUUAUGUUACAGGAUGUUAUGGAUUUAAGAACAAACUUGUGGAGGCCUCUUCGUGUUGAUGACAUCCAAAAGGCAAGACACAAUGAGGUUGUUCAGGAAGAACCAGUACGGACUUUACUUUCCCAACAAAAUCAGUUAAAGCAGUGGGCUCAUAGAGGUGGUCGAAGAGGUGGACCUCCUGAACCAAGGGAUGGUGCUGACGGUUGGAACCCAGUUGGUGCAAACAGAAUUCCGCUCAAAUUUGUAGAUAGAUCAAUCGGCCCAUCCAAAAUGAAAUUAUCAAAACAAAGUGUAGAGGAGAAUGCUAUUCAGCUGGGUACUGGUGGUGGUGCUAGCAGAUUCUCGGGUUGGGGACGAGGUAGAACUGCAGAAACCACUGGCAGACCCUCACAAGAAAAGGAAAAACGAAACACUCCAGCUAACAGAUUCUCUGCCCUUAGAAGACCAGAUCAGGACCAGGGACGUAGAUUUGGUGGUGUUAGUCCUGCUCGUAGUGAGGUUAGAGGUUUUGGCGUUGGAACGCCAUCAUCAUUAGGUGCCAGACGGUCUCCGAAAUCAAAACGCAAAAGAGCUGUAGCGGCAGCUAAAGUAAUUGGUGCCAAUCAGUCUGUCGAUGGCGGUCACAGAACGAGAUGUCGCGGGCGGGCUGAACCUGAACCUCAACCAUCAUCGGUUCAACCAGCGUCUACAGAGCUCAAGGUCCUUUCUGAAAAAGAUAUAGAAAAGAAAACCAAAGCUAUCUUUGAUGAAUACUUUGCUAUUCAAAAUAUGAAGGAAGCAAUUUUAUGUGUUCAGGAGUUAUCUACCCAGAAUCAUUAUCAUUUUGUAUACAAUGCCAUCAAUCAUGUCCUCGAGAGAUCUUCACAAGCAAGAAAACAGACUGGCCAUAUACUGCAUGAUCUAGUCAAACAAACUAUUAUAUCUGUUGAUAAUUAUAUAAAAGGGUUGGUAGAAGUUUUGGAGUUUGCAGAAGAUUUGGAGAUAGACAUUCCUAAGAUAUGGCAGUAUUAUGGAGAACUGAUCAGCCCUAUGAUUCAAGAUAACAGUGUUCCAUUAAGCUUCCUCAAACAAGCUGCUGCCCCGCUCAUUCCAAACAACAAGGCUGGAGUUCUUCUCGCAGAAAUCCUUCAUGAUGCUAGUCACAGAGAGGGUCAUAUGAAGGUGGCAGGUCUAUGGACAAGCUCUGGGCUACAAUGGUUAGAUUUUGUGCCUAAACACCAAGUUGAACAGUUCCUAAAAGAUCAGGGACUGGAAUACACAAGUGGAGGCGAUAGUGCCCCAAUCACCCUUACAACCGGGCUUCCAUUGAAGGAGAUUGAUGUAAAAUUGCAUGAGCUCAUCGUGCAAAACAAGGCAGAUAAUGAGACCGUAUUCGAUUGGAUCAAAAGCAAUGUAGACGAUCCAACAACAAGAAAAGCGGAAUUUAUACGUGCUCUUAUGACUGCUGUGUGUUAUAGUGCAAUCAAAGGUGAUAAAGGUAAAGAGAGACUAGAACCAAAGGAGAUCAGUGCAAGGAAUGAUUUAUUACAGAAAUACCUCGAUCACCAAACUGAGUCGGAGCUUCAAUCUCUUUAUGCAGUACAGGCAUUGAUUGCCAAACUGAAACAUCCUCAAGGCGUACUACAAGGAAUGUUUGACACAUUAUACGAUGAAGAUAUUAUUUCAGAAGAUACAUUUUUUCAGUGGGAGAAGUCCGAGGAGGAACCAGAAGGAAAGGAUGUUUGUCUUAAACAAACCAUCCUGUUCUUCACAUGGUUACGAGAGGCAGAGGAAGGCAGCUGCUAAUAGCUGAAUUCUAGGAACUUAUUUACAAUUAUUGGACAUGCAUUUCCCUCUCUCAUCAUUAAACUGUGAAUACUGAAAGAAAAGUUUUAAAAAACUUGACUUUUCUACAAGCAACUGUGGUUGUUUGAAACUAUUGUGAUAUACACUAUAUAAAUAGAGUACAAAAGUAGAUUUAUAUAUUUGAUAAGUAUACUAUGUUCAUUAGAGUUAGUUAGUGUCUUGUGGAAAUGAGGGGGUAUUUAGUACAGACGUAGAUGGAUGUUGGCUCCAAAUGGAUUGUUCAGACAAAGUCCUUCGAUAAUGAAUUAAUUGGAACAGUUUUGCGAAGUGAAAUUCAUAACCUGUGAGUGUAACCUGGGUUUGGGCGUAAAUCCGUGCAACUCAUUCCAGUUCAUAAUCAUUUUUUUCAUCUCUUUGAGUUGAACUUAUAAUAUAUGCGGUGUUUAUUUAUUCAUAAUUUUGUUGAUUUAAGCCCUUUUUUAUUUCUAUUGUUGAUAAAUUGCGCGCGAAAUCGUAUUGUAUAGACUGAUGAAGUAAAUUUGCGCAGUACGUUAUACUGGGAAUAUGACUGUUCACUGUUCAUUCGAUAAAAGCUGCCAAGAUUGCAUAGCUAAUGAGACGUUGUGGAGAAUGUUCAAGAAUUUAUUUUACAUCAAAUCUUACUACAUACUUAAAAUCCUCCACCUCUGAUUCAUGUAAUUCAUGUGGGGAAGUUGGCAGUUACUUGCGGAGAACAGGUUUGUACUGGUACAGUAUCCAGGAACACUGGUUAGGUUAACUGCCCGCUGUUACAUGACUGAAAUACUGUUGAAAACCGGCGUUAAACCCAACACAAACAAACAAAACUGAAAACCUCUGUUUUUGAAAAUAGAAUAAGUACAAGUAAUGGGCAAAAAUGGAUUGUUUUUUGUAAGUAAAUGUAGAAUAGAAGAAUAAUAUUUCCAAAACUGUGAACAAAAAACUAAUGAAUUGUUGUUACUUUAAACGGAUUUGCAUCUGCACAGAAUAUGCCUGUUUACAGUAUUUUACAUGUGCCUCUGAAACAAAAAGUUGCAACAGUGAUUUGAUAAGCACAACUUGUCAUCUCUGAGAAACUGAUGUUUAUGCAGUCUUCAAAAUCGAGGAGGGAGAUGUGCUUGCCAUUUGAGUUUGAAAAUCUAGAAAAAAUGCCCGAAGUUUGGCUUACUUGCCAGUUGUUUAUUUUACAAACGUCAUAUGAUUUUCUAAGUAAUUUGUAUUUUCAUUUAUAUAAUUUUAUAUAAUCGCUGGUCAUAUUCUCAUCUUUCGGUAAAUCUAUUAUGAAAAGAAAACAAUACAAUAUUAUGUUGUGGAAAUUUCAUUAGGGGACUACGACCAGAUAAUGCCACAGUUUGACGAAUUAUAUGUUCUCGAAUUGAAUUUUCCUUGGACAAAUUUGUAAAUGUAUAGGUUCUAUGUCAAUUGUACUAUCCCGUGUUAAAUGAGAACAUCUAGCACUUGUGGUUUUUCACUUUAACAUUAAAAGCAUUGUAGAUGGCCAUUUUUGGUGUAAAUGUUUACUAUGAAAUACUUAGCUUGUGUGUAGUUAUAGUUUAGAUUUAACAAUUGCGAAUUUUGGUCUGCAUAAAUUGAUUUAUCUCCUCGAUUUGAACAGGAGGUUUGUUUUGCAUAGGACCAUUAUAUAAUUUGUUACCUUAAUUUGUGGCAGAAGGAAAAUGGAUGAAUUCAUAUAGAGAGAGAGACACAGAGAGAGAGAGGGGAGGGGGGGGGGCAUUUAUUCACUUCGGCACUGAUAUAAAGAAUAUUGUAUUCCCUAGUUGAAUUGAUAACAUAAUUGAUUUUCAAAUGAAGAAAUGUCACAAUUUGAAAUUCUUUUGUAUUAAACUGUUAUAAAUUCGGUUUCAUUUAUAGCCUAGAUUCUUAACUGUAGAUUGGUCAGUAGACGUUGUUAUGAAAAAGAAUAUGGUUUUAUUUUGGAAUGAUCUCAGUAGUCCUGGAAAUUGUGUAAAACACACGAAUGAGAAGUAUUUGUUUUUCUCCCCAAGAUGAAUAAAUGGCGAUACAUUAUUUUUAUUGCAUGUUUUUUUUUUUAUUUCAGUUUGUUCUACAAAGCAGCAUAUAUUAAACAUAUUGGCUGCGAGAUAUAAACUAGCUUUGGAUGCAGUGACUGCCCUUAAAAUAAUAAUCAUGAAUAAAUUUGCUACUUUAUCUCGUUUGUUGCCAUACUAAAUUUUCUAUAUCUUACAUUAGGUUGCUUAAUGCCAAGAUUUAAAUUUGACCUCCGUUUAGUUAAAAAUUAGAGGGUACAGCAACAUUAAAUGAUGCAAAUACCAACUUCAUCAUCUGGCCUUUUUCUGUAAAAGAAUGUGUUAUGAAUGUUUGUUGAAACUAGUACAUAGUUCAUUAAUGAAAGGAUCAAAAAUUGUAUUUAUUGUUAACAUAUAUGCUCCAAGUAUGUUCAUGUCGAUUUCUGUUCAUUGAUGUGUUUUUUCUUCUUUUUGCCAAAAAAGUGUUGAAGAACAUUUUCACAAUACUUUUACUUAAUGCUGAUUUAUCGCAUUGUGUAAUAUAUUAUAAACAGAAAAUUUAAUGAAACAAUUUCUGUUACAGUGAUAAAAACAGGUAAAGGAAAAACAUACAAAGAAAGGAAAUAAGUUAUUCUUCCUUUUAUAUUGUCAUCCAUAUCAAAUACGAUUUGGCUCAGCUUUAUAAAAUUAUUUGUUCAACGCUGUUAGUAAAGUUUGCCAUGAAAUAUUAUACUAGUAUUUGUGUAAAUACAGUAAACGG